GACAGUCAGAUAAGGUGGGACAGAGGACAGUUUGAACUCCUCUCUGGCCAAUGACCAAGUGACUCCACCUUCUUGAGAAAUCUGCUGCUUAUAUGAGCAAUUGCUUCUCCAGAGAAUACUCACUCAAUCUACUUCUGUCUGCUAAGAUAGAGAAGACCCUCCGUGCAUCUUGACUCACACAGAGUUCAGACAUGCCUUCAGUGGGACUGGAGAUUCUUGGGGUGACUCUGGCUGUCCUGGGAUGGAUCUCAGCCAUUGUAUCCUGUGCCUUGCCCAUGUGGCGAGUGUCAGCUUUCAUUGGGGUGAACAUCGUCACAGCGCAGACCACCUGGGAAGGCAUCUGGAUGAACUGCGUGGUCCAGAGCACAGGUCAGAUGCAGUGUAAAAUCCAUGACUCCAUGUUGGCGCUGAGCGCAGAUCUUCAGGCCGCCCGCGCCCUCACUAUCAUCUCCAUCGUGUUGGGCGUCAUGGGACUCCUGGUGGCCAUAAUGGGGGCAAAAUGCACAAACUGUUUGGCUGAAGAGUCAGCUAAGGCUCGGGUGAUGAUAGGCGCUGGGGUGUCCUUCAUCCUCGCAUCUCUGACCCAGCUGAUCCCUGUGUCGUGGUCUGCCCAUACUAUCAUCAUGGAGUUCUACAAUCCAAUGACACCUGAGGCACAGAAGAGGGAGAUAGAGACUAUGAUGUCUAUUGGGCUGGAGUUGAUAGGUAUCUCCCUGUGUAUUCUGGGAUGGAUUAUUGCCAUCGUGGCGUGCGCUCUUCCCAUGUGGAGGGUGACGGCCUUCAUCGGCAGCAACAUUGUGACGGCUCAGAUCAUCUGGGAGGGCCUGUGGAUGACUUGCGUGGUCCAGAGCACGGGCCAGAUGCAGUGUAAGGUCUAUGACUCUAUGCUCGCCCUCUCUCAAGACCUCCAAGCAGCCCGCGCCCUCACCGUUAUCUCCAUCCUGUUGGCCAUCCUGGCAGUGCUCAUUGCCAUCGCAGGGGCCAAGUGCACCAACUGCAUUGACGACGAGGCAUCCAAGGCCAAGGUGAUGAUCAUCUCUGGGGUCUUCUUCAUUGUUUCUGGGGUCAUGCAGCUCAUUCCUGUCUCCUGGUCGGCCAACACCAUAAUCAGGGACUUCUACAACCCUCUACUUACUGAUGCUCAGCGGAGGGAGCUGGGGGCUGCACUGUACAUUGGCUGGGCGGCUGCUGCCCUCCUGGUUCUUGGUGGCGCACUGCUCUGCUGCUCCUGUCCACCGCGUGAGACCAGAUACAACCCCUCUCGAAUGGCUUACUCUGCCCCAAGGUCAGCAGGGGGCCCGGGGUUAGAAAGAAAAGACUAUGUAUGAAUGAAGGUCAAAGAGAAAAAGACAUUAACCUGCUCUUCACACCAAACUGAGGGUGUACUGAGGAAAAGAGCUCAUGGGAACAAAGAGACUCCGUAAUGAAGGAUGUUUGAUUUUGCCUUGAAUGUUAAGUAUCUCUGACCUAGGCUCGUAGGCCUUUUUCAAGAGACUGAAAAAGCAUGCAAAGGACUCGGAGUGGAAAUCUACUUUAAAUCAUGUUUCAAAACAAAAAUCAAAUUAUGUUCUUAGUGCUCUGUCUUUUUAACACGCUAAAUGUUAUUGUCACAACCAGUAUACAAUCAUAUUUUUUUGUACAGUCCUGACUUCUUAAUGUUUACCACAGAAUAUUUUUUUAUAAAAACUGCCAUGACUGCUUCAUGCGUCACCAUCACAAUAAGGCACUGCUGUGUAAAGAAACUGAAGAAUUGGAUGUGUUUAAAGGUGCGACAGGGUUAUCACUGGGAUUAUGUGUUGUAAAUACUGUAGUAGAGUAUCAUUAAUCACCUGUAACUGUCAAGACAGAUGAUAACUGUAUUCAAGGCGACGUUUAGUGCAGUGUGGUAAGGGCGGGGAUGGCAGAGGACACUGGGUGUUUUACAGUGUGCACAGAGGGAGCACAAAAGCACCUGGGUUCAUCUAUAACAGGAAUUAUCUUUGUGUGUUAUGUACAACUGCAGUUCAUGUAUCUAACAAGUUUUUUUUAAUAAACAUCACUGUUUUUUAUGAUACUGCAUAUCUUGUGUCAUUUUAAAACAUGAAUUACCUUUUAAUUCACUUAUUCUUAAGGGGAGAAACCACAGGUGGAAAUACAGUUUUAAUGCACCUGUAUGAUCUGAGAUUUUGGGCUAUUUUGCUUCCAUAAGAUGUCGUCUUUCAGACUAGUGGAAAGAAAAUGUCCACAAUACACACUGAGGCUAAGAUAGUGUUAUAUUAGAUAUUGAUCAUUUGCAUAUUUAAACAUAAAAUGUCGGAGAACUUGUAAUACAAAAAAUAACUGUCUUUACAUAUUGAAUCAACUGGGGAAGUUUCAUAGUGAUAUCUAUAAGUUAAAAAUUCUACCCUAUUCACCCAUCGUGUCUUAUUUUUGAUCUUAUUUUUGGUUCUAUCCAAUGUUUCUGUUCCGGAAAUGUAAGCAAAUCAUUGUAUAUUUAAUUAGAUAAUUUCCUCAUUUGCAUAAUCAAACUCAUAAUUUCACAGAACUUCUGACACAAAAAAUAAUUGUCUU